AGCUCAGAGAGAGCCCUGAGAGCCCACAAGAGCAACUGUUAGAGCAGCGAGAGAUAGGGAAAAACACAUAGAACUCCCUAACUACGAAAAAUCACACCAAAAAUAAAAAGUCAUUUCAAAAGCAACAUCUAUCCAAGGCGGUCAAAACCUGAUUGGAUAAGUAAUUUCAUACAAAAAUCAAAAUUGAUCUGAUGAUUGAUUUUGAUUCAUCUUAGGGAAUGAGUAUAAAGGACAAAUUAGACUUUUUCUGAAAACACAAGUGGAUUUUUCUCGUCAUUGAGAGGAAAAGGAAAACAACAGGACCACUGGAGAACAAGAGUCACCGAGGAAGGCAGAAAACUGUGUUUCCCACAGCAUCAGUAGAAGAGUUCAGCGCUCCCUGAGCUGUGCUAAGUGAUCCUCUCCACCUGCGAGGCACGGCUCUGCCAGCGCACACCCAGCCUUCCUGCGCUCCACAACAGCACAGCUUCAGCACCAGCAGAGGAUGGCUGCAGCUAAGACCGAGAUGAUUCUUCCAGCCCUGCAGAUCUCAGAGCCUCUGAGCUUUCCUCACUCCCCCAUGGAUAACUACCCUAAGCUGGAGGAGGUGAUGAUGCUCAGCACGACGGGGACCCCCUUCCUCACUGCCUCCGCACCCGAAGGUGCAGGCUUUGGCUCUGGGGAGCCAGGAGAGCAGUAUGAACACCUUGCUGGAGAUACAUUACCUGAUAUCUCCUUCAACUGUGAAAAGCCAGUUGUGGAGCAGAGUUACCCCACCCAAAGGCUGCCCCCCAUAACUUACACUGGCCGUUUCACCCUUGAACCCGCCACCACCUGCAGCAACAGCCUCUGGGCGGAGCCCAUCUUGGGUUUGUUCACCGGUCUGAUGGGCAAUAUAGCUCCCAGCUCCGGCUCUUCCUCAGCUGUCUCACAGACCACCUCGUCCACAUCUUCAUCCGUCCCUUCCUCCUCCACAUCUUCCUCUUCUACCUCCUCAUCUCAGAGCUCCAGCCUCAGCUCCUCAAUUCACCACAGUGAACCCAACCCGAUCUACUCAGCUGCCCCAACCUACUCCAGCCCCAACUCUGACAUCUUCCCUGACCAGGGGCAGGCUUUCCCCAGCUCAGCUGGAGCAGUGCAGUACCCACCCCCUGCCUAUCCCGGCAACAAGAACUGCAGCACAAGCUUCCCCGUGCCCAUGAUUCCUGACUACCUCUUCCCUCAGCAGCAGGGAGAAAUCAGCCUGGUGCCCCCUGACCAAAAGCCCUUCCAGAGUCAGUCAAGCCAGCCAUCUCUCACUCCUCUGUCCACCAUCAAGGCCUUUGCCACCCAGACUGGUUCCCAGGACUUAAAAAGUGUCUACCAGUCCCAGCUGAUUAAGCCCAGCCGCAUGCGCAAGUACCCCACCCGGCCAAGCAAGACACCUCCACAUGAAAGGCCCUAUGCUUGCCCCGUGGAGACCUGCGACCGCCGCUUCUCACGUUCUGAUGAGCUGACACGUCACAUCCGCAUCCACACAGGUCAAAAACCUUUCCAGUGCCGCAUCUGCAUGCGCAACUUCAGCCGCAGUGACCACUUGACAACACACAUCCGCACUCACACUGGGGAGAAGCCCUUCGCCUGUGAGAUCUGCGGACGUAAGUUUGCCCGCAGUGAUGAAAGGAAAAGACACACAAAGAUCCAUCUAAGGCAGAAGGACAAGAAAGCUGAGAAGGCAGGAGCUGUGGUGGUAACAGCAACUCCAGCACCAGCCGCCUCACCUGCCUCCAGCUACCCCUCUCCCAUCACUUCUUACCCCUCUCCAGUGUCGUCUUACCCCUCUCCAGUCACCUCCUGCUACUCCUCUCCUGUCCACACUUCCUACCCAUCUCCUUCUGUCGCCACCACCUACCCAUCGGUGUCCAUGUCCAGCACCUUCCAGUCCCAAGUCACUUCUUCCUUCCCAUCCUCAGUUGCAUCCAACAUCUACAGCUCCCCGGUCCCCACCCCACUUUCAGACAUGCAGACCACCCUCUCCCCAAGGACAAUCGAGAUCUGCUAAAAGCAAAGAGAAAAACUUUUUAUAGUCUCUUUGCGCCUCUCUUUCUGUAAGGUUUUUUGAGAGGAGGAAAAUCUGCAUCAAAAGGACUUUGUUUUUCUCCUCCAAAACGCACUUUUCUGCUCCCUGUGCAGUGUUAGGUGAAUCUUGAGAUUUACCUGAAAGAGAGAAAAAGACAUAUGUCAAGGACUGGGCAAAGACGAUGCAAGAUGAAAAGGGAUAUUGUCUUUGUCUCUGUAAAGCAAAUGCAGCGAUUCAAAUGCAUAAGGGACUUCAGAGAUAGAGUAGGAGACGGCACUGGCAGGUCUGUGCUAGUAGGUACACACAAACCAAGAGACAAACAGAUUGCCAGCAAUUGUGGUGCUGAGGCACGUUCGUCCUUGCAGGCACUCAUACUAAAGACAUUGAAUGAUAUACAUAAGCUAUGAUAUAUGUAUAUUGUACAUGUGCCAUGUUUCGUUUUUAUCAUUCUUUGGUACCACUGAUGUGAACAAUUAUUUGCAUAUUUGCAUUGUAUUAUUUGAAGUGAGCAGGGCCAUAUUUUCUACAUACUUUCUCUAUUAUGUAGUGAUGAUGCUGUGAUACGUUUUGACAUUGUUUGAAAAAAAAAGCACUUAAGUAUUCAAGCAUGAGUAAGAGUGAUGUUAGUUUCUGUUUGUAAAUAUCAUCCACUGGUACUAUCUCUUUCUCUCUUUCUCACAUGUAACAUAUCGCUUGGUUAUAUGGAAAAACAGAGAAAUGAAAAAAAAAAAUCAUUAUGAAAAAAAAAAAAAACAAAAAAAAAAAACAAGACAAGACAAACGCUCCCGUUAUUUGGUGCCUUUUGUGAAGCCUUGCUGAUGUUGUGACUCGGCUGAGUGCGAGAGAGGAUGCACUGCAUCUCGCCUUAAGGGUUGAGGGAAUAUUUUUGUUACAGAAUGUAAGAUGUACUCAGAGGGAGGAAAAGGGAUGAGCUAUGAGGGCACCGCUUCAUUUUAUCAGAAUGUAAGCAAAAAAAAAAAAAAAAAAAAAAAAAAAAAAAGGAUAAAAACUAUAAAGUAUAUUUUU